CCCCCCCCCCCCGUGGGGGUCCCCACGUGGCAGGAAUUGCCCACGUCCGGGGUGUUUCCUGGGCUGGUGAGCACUUCAGCCAUCCUCAUCCUCCCCGUCCCCCCCAGCUGUGAGUGGCGUUUCCCCCUGCCCAUCCUUGGCUCCUUUUUGCCUUUCCCUGGAGCUGGGGCAGAAGGCAGCCCAGUCCCUUUCCAUCUGCAAACUCCCACUCUCUCUGCUGGCUUCUGGGGUCGUUGCUCUCUGUCGCAGGGAGAAAAAGGCAGGGGAUAUGGGGUAGAGCCCCUGGGAGCCCCUUGCCCUGUCAGUUUCUGGAUGCCAAGCUGCUCCUGCUCGUGCAGCUGAUGAAUGUGUGAAGAAGCAGCUGACCAGGAGAGGGACUCUUAAGCAGCUGCUAAGAUGGGCAUGAGGAUCAAGUUGCACAGCACCAAUCACCCCAACAACCUGCUGAAGGAACUCAACAAGUGCAGGCUCUCUGAGACCAUGUGCGACGUCACCAUUUUGGUGGGCACCCGCUCCUUUGCUGCACAUAAGGCUGUUCUGGCCUGCGCCGCGGGCUACUUCCAGAACCUCUUUCUGAACACGGGGCUGGAUGCUGCUCGGACCUACGUAGUGGAUUUCAUCACGCCGGCCAACUUUGAGAAGAUCCUCAGCUUUGUGUACACCUCGGAGCUCUUCACAGACCUAAUCAACAUGGGCGUCAUUUAUGAGGUGGCAGAGCGGCUGGGCAUGGAAGAUCUGCUGAAGGCCUGCCACUCAACCUUCCCUGACUUGGAGAGCUCAGCCAUCACGAAGCAGCCCUCCCUGUCUGUGAGCGAAGGCCGGUCAGGUCCUCUGAGCAGCACCUCCUCGGAGCAGAGCCAUUCUUUGGGUGAAAUCCGGAGCGGCGGGGAACAUUUUGGCCCUGAACGGAAUUACAUCUUGCACGGGGAAGUGGCAGGCAGCUACAAAGAGGACGACAGGAACACUGUGAGUGAAGCCAGCCAGACCCUUCCCCUGAUGCACCCGCAGCAGCCUCCCAAGACGGAACAGGAAUCAUCGGAUCAAGGGCAGUUCGCUCCUGCUGCGAGUGUGGCGACCCAGCCCAGCCUGGGCAGCGUGAACAUCCUUGUUCAGACCACUACAACCUCCUGCCAGCAGUAUAAGGUCCAGAGCAAUGGUGACUACGGCAAGGGCGGCUUCUUUAGCGCUGAUCCUUCCCUGGAUGUCUCCACAGGGAGCAACUCCUGUCCCAGCAACAGUGACCACUCCAAAGAGCCAGGUUUUGGGCAGAUGGAUGAGCUUCAGCUGGAGGAUUUGGGCGAGGACGAACUGCAUUUCGAAGAUGCCAGUGAGGAGCUGGGCCCAUCAGAAGAAGUGAUUGAGCUGAGUGACGACAGCGAAGAGGAGCUGGCCUUUGAGAACGACAGCCGCGAUAGCAAGGCCAUGCCCUGCCAGGUGUGCAAGAAGGUCCUGGAGCCCAACAUCCAGCUGAUCCGCCAACACGCGAGAGAUCACGUUGAUCUGCUCACCGGGAACUGCAAGGUCUGUGAAACCCACUUCCAGGACCGGAACUCCAGGGUCACUCAUGUUUUGUCCCACAUCGGCAUCUUUCUCUUCUCCUGUGACAUGUGCGAGACCAAGUUCUUCACCCAGUGGCAGCUGACCCUCCACCGGCGAGAAGGGGUCUUUGACAACAACAUCAUCAUCCACCCCAGCGACCCGGUGCCAGCGAAGAUCACUAUGUUUGGGGGAGGGCCUGGCUCGGAGCUGGCGUGCGCUGCCUGCGGGAAGCCUUUGGCCAAAGAUUUCCACACUGUCCGCAACCAUAUCCUGGACCACGUGAACUUGAAAAGCCAGACGUGCGGCGUCUGCGACCAGAGGCACCUCAGUCUCUGCAGCCUGAUGUGGCACACCCUCUCUCACUUGGGGAUCUCGGUUUUCUCCUGCUCUGUUUGUGCCAGCAGCUUUGUGGAUCGGCACCUCCUGGAGAAGCACUUGGCCGUUCACCAGAAUGUGGAGGAGGCUCUUUUCCGGUGCCACUUCUGUGGCCAGAGCUUCAAGCUGGAAGCGGCGUAUCGUUACCACGUCAGCCAGCACAAGUGUGGGGGCAGCUUGGACAUCCGACCCAGCUUUGGGGACCGUCUCCAGCAGCAGGGCCUGCAGAAGAGGAAGCUGCCGGAGGAGUUCCUGAGCGAAGACUUGGCGUUGCAAAACCAGCCAGGCAACAGCAAGUACAGCUGCAAGGUCUGCGGGAAGAGGUUUGCCCACACCAGCGAAUUCAACUACCACCGGAGGAUCCACACCGGAGAGAAGCCCUACCAGUGCAAGGUGUGCCACAAGUUCUUCCGCGGCCGCUCCACCAUCAAGUGCCACCUGCGGACGCACUCGGGAGCCCUCAUGUACCGCUGCACUGUGUGCGGGCAUUACAGCUCCACGCUCAACCUCAUGAGCAAGCACAUAGGCGUGCACAAAGGCAGCCUCCCCCCGGACUUCACCAUUGAACAGACUUUCAUGUAUAUCAUCCAUUCCAAAGAUGCGGAGAAAAACACGGACAGCUGAUGGGGUGAGGCAGGGCAGGGCCAGCAAAGGAGCAAAUGCUAAUUACAGAAGCUGUGGAAAAAAAAGUCAUUAUUUUUAUUUAACGGUCAGGCAUCAUGGAUGGAAUCCUGCUUUUCUAUUUUUUAAUUUUUUUUUUUGGCCUUGCUAGGGCUUUUUAGAUUGGUGGCAUUGUACAAAUGAACAGCACGUAAGCUACAUCACUGUUUCCAAGAAGUCUGUUGUGUUUACUUACCUCUGAUCCUGUUAGAGGCCAUCGAGCUCUGUAUUUUUAGCAUUUCUCCCUAGGUUUUGAAUCUAGAUUUUUUUUUUUUUUUUUUUUAACCUUUUAGCCCACUUGACUAGGCUAACCCUCAGUUUGAGCUUGUCCACAAACUGAUGCUGCUAAGAUUUUUCACACCUGACCUCAGUAGAGAGGGACAGAGCCAGAGCAGGAUGGUGCUGGACUUGAAGAAAAGGAAAAAAAAGAAAUACAGAAAAAAGGAAAAAAAGACUCAUUCUGGGCAUCACUGGGGUUCUGCUGCUAUUGCAAGGAGAUAAGCAAAGUCUGUGUCACAGAAUCAGCCGUGAAGUCGUUGCUCCGUUGCAGGGCAGGCAAGCAAGCAGCGUGUGAGUGUGCACGUGCAAAUGAGGAGGGAUUGCUGUUGGUAAAUGAGCGAAAAAUGGGAGACUGUGGCUCGCAAGGGCAGUUCCGGGCAGUGCCGCUGGUCUCCAGGAGCCCUGCCCGAGCAGGGAGUGUGGCUGGCGAUUUCUCUGCCGUGCCCGUGACACGCCGCUUGCUCGUGCCCUGGGAGCCCAUCUCCGAAGGAGGGGAUGAUGAAGGAGCAACAGCACCUCCGAGGAGCCCGAGCAACGGGGCGGCUGCGUGGGAGGAAGCGGAUGGACGAGCAGAGGGAUCCCUCGGAGGAGUCGCUGAACUGGAGAGGGCAGGGGGAGCAGGUCCGUGUCGAGGGGUUGGCUGCUCCUUGGGAGGUGUUUUGUGCUGGCACUUCAGGCCUAACUUCUGCCGGCCUGCAGCUGGCCGUCGAGAGAGUGCCGACGUCUCCGCAGCUCUCUGGUGACAGCAGCCGUGCACGUCGGGCUCUGCCGGCACAGCCUGUCCCGGGGCUGCUGGUUGCCUGAAGCUCUGGGUGCCGGAGCGCAGCGUCGCUGCGGCCGCGUGGAUCCCAGCAGACCAGACGUGAUGAAGCUGUUGCCUUAACUCCCAGGAAGGCACCUUGGAGGACCCUUCUCUCUGCCGAAGGGACGGCCCCUCCCGUGGCUGCCGCCGUGGACCGCCGCAUCCCGGACACGUCUCGUGGCAAAUGCAGGAUGUUGUUGGCACGAUGUGAGUUUGUUCGUCGUUUGUCGAAUCGUGCUGUAACUUCGGCAGGCGCCGGCUGGGGGGCUGCAGCCGAGCAGCUCCGGGAGCCGGCAGCAGUAGCAGCUGAGCUGAACCUUGGCUCGGCCUCGCCUGGACGCGCGUCGGGCGCGGGCCGGGGACCCCUCCUUGGCGUGGUGGGCUCUCUGGCUGCGCUGGCGAGGUCAGCCCCAUGCCGGCAGUGUUUACACCAGGAAGGGUGGGGAUCAGCUUUUUCCCAUGUUAUCCUGCUGUGGGGCAGAGGUGGAGAGGAACAAAUAUUUCCGAUGCCGCAGCAUGAGUUAUGACUGCCCUUAGGUAACUCAUUCUACCUCACAAACAGGAAGCGCUCAGGGCUUUCAAGCCACAGUCAUAGUAAAUUGGCUCCUGCGCUUCUGUAAAGAUAUGCUGUUACAAAACAAAACUAGUGAUUUGCAAACCCUGUAAACUCGUCCUGCUUUUCCCUCCUCUCGAAGGGACAGCCAGUGUCAGAGGAGCGGCAUGAGCUGGACGUGUGGUUGGUGAGCUAGGAAUUCCUGGGGGUUGCUCCCCCGGCUCCGCUGUGGCCUUGGGCAAGUCACUUCACCUCUUUGCCUCAGUUUCCUCAUCUGUAAAAUGAGGGUGGUAACACUUGUGGUACCUACCUACCUCCCGGGAGUGCGGUGAAGAUUGCUGGCUCGUACCUGCAAAGCGUGUGGGAGAUGCAAAGCGCUUAGUGAAUAUUCAUGUUUAGUGUCCUAGGGAAAUGACAGCCUCUAUCCUUUCCUGUUCUGUGCCAGUUCCUGGACCUGGCUGGGUCGCUUUACUCCUGUUACAGCCUCCCCUGUCAAAAGCAAACCUUCCUUUAGCCACAUCCCUGCUGCAGUCCUGCGAAACAAGCUCUGUAGCAAUACAAGUGGCGGCUCAGUGCUGCCGUGCUUGCGGAAGGGCCGGGGGUGUGCUGGAGGGUAGGGGCACAGUAACAUCUCCUGGGGUUUGCAGAGCACAGCUCCCCAUCUGCUGGUCAUGUUGCGUCGAGAGAGAGGAUUUCGCAUCCUGGGGAGAGGGGUUGGAGGAUGCAGAGGUGUGCAGUGCUGGGAGCCCCCUCCCUUCUGCUCCAUCCAUCCUCCGAUCCCUGCGGUUUGCCUGUAAAGCUGUGUUCUCACUGUGGCAGCUCCAGGUCCAGCCCCGCUGUGAUGGGGGAAGAGACGAGUCGGUGCUGACCCCCGGUUGGACCUAAUGACCCUUCCCAGGCAGCUCCUUUGCCCUGAGCCUGUGUCAUCCUCGGUCCUGCAGUACCCGAAUCCAAUCCCUCUGCACAGAGGUGGGGUGGAAGGAAUGGACCUUGCUGAGGAGGAACUCAAGGCCACUGGGAGUUUGUGUCCUUUCCCCAGUCCCUGUAAUAUUGGCCAAGUUUGGGGCCAGCUGACAUCGCCCUCGGGUAGGGUGUUAAACCGGACUUGUCCUGGUUUUGGUGUCUGAGCCUGUUUUCAGAGGAGGAGAGGCACCAAAGAGAUCGCCAACCCUGGGGCUGGCCAGGCUGUGCCGUGUCUGCCACUGGAGCUCUGGUUUCCACACGCUGGUCUCAUGAUACCGGUCAGCUGCCAGGCCGCGGUCUGUGAUCUCUGGCUGGUUUGUGGAGCCAUGUUUAGCUUAGUGUUAUUAAGUUUAAAAAAAAAAAAAAAAAAAAUUAUUUUGAGAACUCAAGGCGCUCUGCAAAAGCAUGGGAGUUGAUGGCAGUUUGCUGGAGGCUCCUCUGAGGAGCUCCUCAAGUUACGGGGUUUCUUUCGGUGUCCUGGUGGUGGCAAGACGGGCUGGUAGACAGGAAUGGAUGUGACCUGCUCUGCUCUGGAGAUUGCUAUGAAGGAUGUGAGGGGGGUAGAUGAAGCUUGGGAGAGCGGAGUCCUUAAAGCUUCAAGACCCUCUUAAUAAAAUGUCCCAGAAGCUGUCACAAGCUUUUGGAUGGGUUGCGGCGCUGCUACGUGGUAGCACCUGCAGCCCCGUAUCUAGCUAAGCUGUGAAGCAAAAGCCUUUUGUGCACAUAAACCAAAUAGAGAAGCUUUUACACUGAAACACUAAUGGGCAAAGCAAGCCCACUCUUCUGGGCGCAGGGUCGUGAGAACAAAAGCCCACCCCGUUUUCUGCCAGUCGUUUUCGGCUGUGGGGAUGGGGAGAGCGCUCUGGUCCGUGGCAUUUCUGUGUCUUGGAUUCUUUCCUGUGUUAUAAUGAAUCAUUCCCACGUGAAACAUCCUGAGAUCAGCAGCGAGUCCCGUCUGCGGAAGGGAUGCGGGGAUGGACCUGGACCUGCAGCAUUCCCGUGCUGGGCCGGCCUCCUGCCGCUCCUUCUCCUCGGAGGGGUUUUCCCAAGAGGGGUCAGAGACCUGAGCGCUCCCUCCCCUGGGAGGGUCCUGGGCCUCUCCAAGCCCACAGCUAGCAUCAGGGCUCUGUCGUCCCUGUCCCCGAGUCUGGCCAGCCUGGCUGGGAGCUCCAGCGUUCCUCCGGAAAGAUGUGCAGCCGGGCAUGGUGGGGUUGGCCGGAGCGAUGGGCUCAUCCCGAGUCCCCCACAGGCUGCGUUGCCCUGGGGAGAUGUAGCUCCCACCCGACUGCAUCGCGGUGGGGGCUCCCGGCGAUGGCAGGGGCUCCUGGCCAGCGGCACGGGGCUGUUUGCAACAGCCAAGCGCCGUUUGCAGCAUUGCGGGGAGCCAGGGCAGAAACUCUGUGCCCAGAGUUGUUCCUGCUCCGCCGCUGACUCGCGGUGCAGCCUUGGGCAAGCCCACUCGCCUCCGUGAAGGUGGCGAUGACACUUACCUACCUCGCCUGGGGCAGCCGUGAGGUUUAACUCGUGUUUGCAAAGUGCUUUGGGAUCCUGGGGCUACAAGAGGGGAAUGAAGAGGGGAAAUGCUUUGCUGUGAGCCGUGCCGGUGGCGUUUGCAGAGAGCGGCUGGGUUGUGGGUCCUUGCAGGAAACCCUGACACAGAAUCCCCCUCCGAAAGGCACAGCUUCGAGACUGGUCUUCUUCCGAUUUCUAAAAUGCAAAGUUCAGUUUGAUUCUCCCCUUUGUCAAAGGAUCCAGGUCUCUUAUCAGAAAAAUUAAGCAGAAGAGAGAAAAAGAGUUGAAUUGCUGUCUAACCUUUUUGUUAAGUUAAUAGUAGGUACUGACCUCCUGAUAUUUAAGUGUUUACUAUCUAUUUGCUGUAAAGUUUUGUAUAUUUUGUAAACUUUCCCCCCAAAUAGUAGAUGUCUAAAAUCGUUGUACAUCGGGUUCUUUUAUACUCCAUUGUUCAGCACAAAGUGUGGUUUUUAUUUAGAAUAAUAAAAUGGAAAAUGUUGACCUCUUG